UCUGAAUCUGUGAAACGUCAGAAUAAAAUUGAAAAACAAAAAUAUAAUACACACAGUUUUUGUUCGAGUGUGGCAAUAAACAUAGACCAAAUCGAAGAUGUGAAUGUAAUUAUUUUUUUUUUUGACAUAAAAAUUGUGCGUGCAAAAAAUAAACAAUACACAAAAGAGCAGUUUAGACGACUACGUUGAAGACUUUGAAGGAAAAUGCAGGCGUCUUCGACGACAACGACAACAACAACUAAAACAAAAAAGCUGAGCAGCAGCGGAGGCGUCGGGGGCGUCGGUACCGGCAGCAACAGCACCAGCACUGUGGCUAUGACAACUGCCAGCAAAACGACAACAACAACAACAACUACACGCAAACCGGCAACAGUUGCUGGUGCUGCCGCUGGUGCAGCUUCUAACCACAAGGCGCCAAAGGCAACACCACUAAUCGAAAGCGAUGAGCACGCUGAGAUGGUCGAGCUGAUAAGCGAGCAAGCCGAUGCCAUCUAUCACCAGUGGAAGAAUUCCGGAGCGCCGCCCGCCGAGCUGCUGGAGUACGCAAACGCGGCCACCACUGGGAACUUUGCGGAUGUUGCUGUUGCGGCGGCAACUGCGACGGCGACGCCGGCAACAGAUCUUAACAAUGCAGAGGGCUUGCAAAAGAUGGUCACCAGCUUUGUGAACAAAGACAAAGAACAGCGAGGCAAGAGUGGAGGCAUUAAAAAAGCGGAAGUGGGCGUGGCCAUGCAGUCGAACGGCAAGACUAAGAAAACACCAACAACUGCAACAGCGACAGCAGCAGCAGCAACAACAGCAGCAGCAACAACAGCAGCAACAGUGACAUCUUCAGCAACACCAACAACAGCGACUGCCAAAGCUGGCAAAUCAAGUCACGUGGAGCAGGCGCUGCAAUCGCCAAAAAAAGUUGCUGCUGUGUCAGGCAAGUCGCUGCGCGAUGUAAAUCGCAACUAUGACAUCAAUUUGCAGCUGGACGUGAACAAUUUGUCUCAGCAACAAACGCAUCAAUUGCUGCAAAUCAGUGAGCUGCUGCACAAGGAGGCAGCGGCAGCAGCCGCAGCAGCCGCAGCAGCAGCAGCAGCAGAAACAGGAACAGCAACAGCAGCCAAAAAGCGAUUGAGCAGCAGCAACAAGAUCAACAGCAGCAAUGUGACUCAUAGCUUAAGCAACAGUAGCAGCAAGUUAACAGCAACGGAGCAGCCCACAAAGAAGAUAAGCAAAGUCAGCAACAGAAGCAGCAACAGCAUCAACAACAACAUCAACAACAACAGCAACACAAACCGUAGCAACAACAUUAACAAUGUGGAUGUGUUAGACGCGCCACGUGUGGUACAGCUGGAUGAGCCAUCUAAGAGCGCCAGCGAGCCGGCAAUUGGCAGUCGCAAAUUGCACAGAACCAAAGAGAACAACAAUAGCGAGCUAAACAAGCCGGCGACGGCAGCAACCGCCAAAGAAAAGCUAGCAAUAGCGCGCAAAGUUGCCAACAGCAACAGCAGCAGCAGAGCCAGCAGCAACACUGAUAACAGCAGAGCUGGCAACAUUGCAGCGAGUGUAAUAGCAACACCAACAGCAACCGCGCCAGCAACUGCAACACCAACAGCAGCAGCAUCCGCUGCCGUUAGCCCGCCAGCAACAUUGGCGGACACAACGAUGCCAACGUUGACUAAAAUCAAACCGACUAGCGGCAGCCGAGCAGCGCUCUCCAAUGGCCAGGAUAAGAAUUUGGGCAGACCGAUCCUAACGCGCGGCUCGGUCGCUGAACGUGUGCUGCUCUUCGAGAAGCGUCCGGAUGUGCGCAACUCGUUUCUUGAUAUCAAACGGCCAGCGGAUACGCCGCCCAAAAGUCUGCUCAAGGUUAAGCUGCAUGCUACGCCACCGCCACCGCCCUCGCAGGAUCUAUUGCAAAAGGAGAUACGCAGCUCCAAGAGCGUUUACAUACCCAGAUUUUACUUUCCACAUGGCAAGCCGCAGCCAACCAUUGCCAUGGAGCGUGUCAUUCGCGGCAUUUUGUCCGCCUUCGAUAGCUUUCCUAACAAUCAGGUGACCAAAGAUGAGCUACCUCGCAUCCUGAAGCUGUGUGGCCUGCCCUUCUAUUGGCGCAUGCCGGUUAUGAUCUUCUGCCAAGCAGGCACCACGGGCUUGGUGGAACGCCAGCGUUUUGUCGAAUUCUGGAAGCAAAUGAAUGUGUAUUGCCAUGAGGCGGCCUCGCGAUUUGUUUAUAUUCUGUCGCGCGGUCAACGCUUUCGUUCCUAUAUUGUUCCAGAGGACUUGGUGCCGAUGGUGCAGGAUGUGGUCGAUACGCAUCCGGGUCUAGCGUUUCUUAAGGAGGCCACCGAAUUCCAUUCCAGAUAUGUGCACACGGUCAUCGCGCGUAUCUUCUAUUCGGUGAAUCGCAGUUGGAGCGGCAAGAUAACCAUAUCGGAGCUCAAGCGAUCCGAUCUGCUCGAGAUGAUUAGUCUGCUGGAGGAGGAGGAGGACAUCAAUCAAAUCAUGGCCUUCUUUAGCUACGAGCACUUCUAUGUGAUCUAUUGUAAAUUUUGGGAAUUGGAUAAGGAUCACGAUCUGCUCAUCAACCAGGACGAUCUGGCCAAGCACAGCGACAAUGCGCUCUCCACCCGCAUUGUGGAACGCAUCUUCUCCGGCUGUGUAACACGCAGCGAUAACAAAAAGGCGCCCCAAGAUGAGCCUAAAAUGUCCUAUACAGACUUCGUAUGGUUCAUUCUGUCCGAGGAGGAUAAGCGCACGCCGACAGCCAUUGAGUACUGGUUCCGCUGCAUGGACAUUGACGGGGACGGUGCUCUGUCCAUGUACGAGCUGGAAUACUUUUAUGAGGAGCAACAGCAACGCAUGGAGGGCAUAGGCAUUGAAUGCCUGCCCUUCGAGGAUUGCCUCUGUCAGAUGCUGGACAUGAUUAAGCCUGCGAACCGUGAUUCCAUUACGCUGGGCGACUUGAAGCGCUGCAAAAUGACUCACGUUUUCUUCGAUACUUUCUUUAAUUUAGAGAAGUAUCUGGAUCACGAGCAACGCGAUCCCUUUGCCGCACAGCGCGAUGAAUCCACCUCUGAUUGGGAUCGAUUUGCAGCACAGGAAUAUGAGCUGCUUAUAUCUGAGGAGGGUGAUUGAAGCUCGUGCCUAAAUUCGGGUUUUAAUAACUUAUUUAUAUAUAUGCAUACAAAAACUCAUAUUUACACUCGCUCAUCCAUAGACUCACCCACAUAACAUACACGCCCACUCACACACCCACUCAGCCACACACCCAGACACUUUCAUAUACACUACAAAUAUACAUAUUUAUUUACUUACAAAUUUUUAUACAAAUUUUACAGUACGUCAAAAAAAAAAUAUUUAAAAAACCUCAACUAAAAAAAGGAAAGAUAAAGAAUAUUAAAUCAACUGGAAUAUCUUAGAGCAUAUAUGUGCUAUAAAUCUUAAUUAUAUUUUUUAAUGUGCGCUUUUCGCUAUUCAGCUGGAGUCAACAGAAAUCAAUAAUAAAACAUUAAAGCUAAACUGAAUAGUGGAACACACCCGAAGAGUUUCG